AUGGCAACCCUCCGUUUAACCAGCGUAGUUGGAAUAGGCCAUGCAGAGGACCCGAACCCACGCUUCCGCAAACAGAUGGAAGACGUGUGCGUCAUGAUAGACAAACUAGGCAACUCUCACUCCACUGGUUUUUUUGCCAUCUAUGAUGGACACGGGGGACAGGAAGCAGCCCGCAUAGCAGGGGACAAUUUGCACCGUUAUCUACUGGAAGACCUUCUAAAUCAGAAGCUUGAGCAUCUUUUAGAAGCCGAUCCUUUAGCAAAUCAGUCGAUGAGUCAGCCAACGUGUUCCCAGGCCGGCUCUAAGCUCUCAUCCGAUGGCCACAAUUUAAGUGGAAAUCCGUCUGGAGUUCCAAAAGAUUCUCAGUUGACCAACGCCACCAUGUCCUCGGGAGUUCGUACCGGAACAUUUUCCAAGGACAAGAUAUCCCCGUCGGCCAAGGUGCGCGUCCCGGUUCCCCCCAAUGAGCCCAGCAAACUUGGUGCAAUCAUCAGGAAGGCUAUUCAACGGACGGAUGAUGUGCUAAGGCAGAAGAACGUCCUAUAUGUCGGUUGUACUGCUCUCAUUGCCCUAGUCACGAAGUACACGAUAGAGUUUGCGUCAGUUGGCGAUUCGCGGGCAGUUAUUUCGAUAAACGGCACAGCAUACAGAUGCACAGAAGACCAUAAAGCAAGCGACAAGCUGGAGAUUGACCGCAUCAAGUCCCUGGGAGGGACUGUCAUCUUUGGCCGCGUCAACGGCUUCAUCUCCGUCUCGCGCGCGUUGGGAGACCAUUGCAUAAAAAACUUGGUUACGUGUGACCCGUUUCUCCGCUCGUAUCCCAGAUACCCCACACCAGACUCUGUCGGUGUGACGGCCAGCUCCACGAAUGAGCUAGACGAGUUUAUAAUAAUGGCAUGUGACGGUGUGUGGGACGUGGUCACCGAUCAGCAAAGUGUUGACACUGUUCGAAAGUGUCUCAAGGAGACGGGAUCGCCUCAAAAGGCAGCUUUCGAGCUCAAGAAUUUAGCAAUCCGAAGCGGUACACAGGACAACGUGUCUGUGCUUGUGCUGUUGUUAAGGGAGAUAAACAAGUGGAUCUAG